CGUCCUUGCUGGGUCGUUAUUCCAUUUGACUGGCCGUCCCCCCAGGGUACCAAGCACGAUGCCAGCCAAGCCAGCACCAAUCAAAAAGUCCCCGGAGAAGAAGGCUGCCGAGAAGGCGGCUGAACCGGCCGCGGAGCCCGCCCCAGAGGCCCCACCUGCUGAUGCCCCGGUAGAAGCUGCGCCCGCGGAGGCUGAGGCUGCACCUGCCGAAGCUGCGCCCGCCGAUGACGCACCCGCUGCUGAUGGAGCCGCCGCAGAACCCGCUGCCGCCGCAGAACCCGGUGCUGAACCCGCUGCUGUUACAGACGUUCCGGCUGCUGACGCUCCAGCGGACGGUGAUGCCGCUCCAGCUGAGGCAGCUGCAGGUGAAGCAGCUCCAGUUGAAGCCGCUCCAGUUGAAGUUGAGGAACCCCCCAAGGCCCCUACACCUCCUCCUCCUGCAGUCCCUACCAGUGCCCCUCUGAGCCUAGCGGUGGAGGAUGUGAACAACGUCAGCCUCACCGUCAAGUGGAGAGCCCCCGAGAACAUCGGAGACUCCGGUCUGGACGGAUACACCGUGGAGUACAGCAAGGAAGGAAGUACUGACUGGGUUGUGGCUAACAGCGAGCUAACCACGGCCAACCGCUUGUGCAUCAAGGACCUGACCCUCGGCGACCGGCUGAACGUGCGCGUGGUGGCCGUGAACGCCGGCGGCCCCAGCGAGGCCUGUGCCCUGGACGAGUCCGUGCCCAUCCGGGAAGUGGUUGACCGCCCCAAGAUCCGCCUUCCCCGCAGCCUCAGGACCCGCCACGUCAGGACCGUCGGGGCCAAGAUCAACCUGGUCAUUCCCUUCAACGGUAAGCCCAAGCCGGUGGUCACCUGGCUGAAGGACGGCGAGCCUUUGGACUCCAAGAGAGCGAACAUCAGGAACAGCGACAAGGACAGCAUCCUGUUCAUCCGCACCAGCAACCGGGCCGACUCCGGCGUCUACGAGAUGACCGUCAAGGUGGACAGCUUCGAGGACAAGGCCUCGCUCAUCCUCCAGAUCGUGGAGAAACCCGGCCCUCCGGCCAGUGUGAAGCUGGUGGACACCUGGGGCUUCAACGCCGCGGUGGAGUGGACGGCGCCCAAGGACAGCGGCAACACGGAAAUCACCGGCUACACCAUCCAGAAGGCCGACAAGAAGACCGGGGAUUGGUUCACAGUCAUGGAGCACUACCACAGGCUAAACGCCACCAUCUCGGACCUCAUCAUGGGCAACUCUUACACCUUCAGAGUGUACUCUGAGAACAAAGUAGGCAUCAGCGAGGAGUGCAUCGAGACGACUGACAUCGCAACCAUCCAGAAAAUAGGUAUCGUGUACCGGCCCCUGGAUUUCAAAGAGCACGACUUCAACGAAGCCCCCAAGUUCACGGCGCCCCUCAGCGACCGCGCCGCCACUGUGGGCUACUCCACCAAGCUGCUGUGUGCCGUGCGCGGAUCACCAAAGCCUAAGGUGGAGUGGCUGAAGAACCAGAUGGUGAUCGGUGACGACCCCAAGUACCGACAGAUCUCCAACCAGGGCGUGUGUUCCCUGGAGAUCCGCAAGCCCUGCACCUACGACGGGGGAGUGUACACCUGCAGAGCCAAGAACGAGCAGGGAACGGCCACGGUCAGCUGCAAGCUGGAGGUCAAACAGGUCAUUGUUGCGGAGGCUGACAAGGAGAAGGAAUAAACACCCACAUCCCCAGAGUGCCCUCAACGAACCAGCCGUCAAGUUGUUUUUCUAAGCCAUGAUCCCUGUCGCCUCCGUCCUGAAGGAUGUGUUCCCUGAAGCUGCCCCUUUUAAAGCAUAUACAUACAUGGAAAGCACAAUAUUUUGUAUGCAUUGUUUUAAAUAGGCUCUGGUGUUUCAGGGGUCUGUAUUGACAGUUUGUUCAUGUGUCCCAGCUCUGGCCGUUCUCUGUUCAUAAUGUUUAUGUAUUCUACUUAAUAAAAACCUGGACUGUCCCCAUGGACUGCUGCCAAGAGUUGAUUCAAUAUUAAAAGUUAUUAAAGCUGUGCUUUGUUCUCA